AUGAGAAGAUGUUUAUUAAAAUAUCAGCCUCAUAAUAAGAGUUUUAUUUGGUCAGAGAUGGAUUUCUAAUUAAAAAGAUAUAUAAAUAGAAUUAGUGAUAUGUUUAAAGACCUUCAAUGUUAAUUGCAUGAUCAUGAUUCAAUUAUAGCACUUUGUAUAGAUUAAAAUUGUGAAGAGUAUUAACAUAUAUUAUGGUAAUUGAAUUGAGUAGCUAGUUUAAAAUGUAUAAUAAAUGAUCAUCAACAUGAAUCUUAGAAUAUUUUAGUGAUCCAAGAGGUAGUGAAUAAAAGAGAGAAACUAUUCAGAUUGAUUUAAUAUCUUUAAAAUAAGGAUAACAUAUAUCGUUAGACAAAUUUAAGUAAUUAAAUAUAUAAUUUAGAUGAGUAUAAUUGGUUAUAAGAUUGUAUAUUAUAUGGUAAAUAGAAUGAAUACCCUUGUUUAACAUUUGACAAUGUCUUUUAGACAGUUUAGGAUACAUUUUUAGCAAAUAUAGAUGAUCUUAAAUCAUAAGUAGAAAAGAGUGUUUGUUCAUUAAAAAGCAAUUCUGAGAAAUACAAGAAGAUUUAGUAAUUCAAAUAAAAAAUGGAGGAUUUAAUAAAGACUACACAUUCUUAAAUAUAUUUGAAUUUUCAAUCAAUUAUGCAAGAGGAAAGUAAUGAAUAGAGAUCAACAGAUGGUAAAUCAAUACCUUAAGCAGUCACAUUGAAUUUAUCAUAAAUAGACUAAUCAUAAAUAGAUUAAUUAGGAGACACAAAAUAAUUAUUAAUCAUGGAUAAAGAUAGUUUUGAUAAUUUGGAAAAUACUCAAUAUAUAUAAUCAAUUCAAAGUAAUUUAACUAAUACAUCUAUUUAUGGAUUGGAUGAUACAAAUAUCAGUCCAUUAUUGCCGACAUUAUAAUUUAUAGAUAAAACAACAAAAAGAAGUUUAUUAGGCAAAGCUAGAGUUAAAUUUGAAGAAGGUGGUAAAAUAAUCUCAAUGUAAAAGAAUACAAUUAUUGUAUCUAAAGAAUUAUAUUCUAAAGAUAAUAUAGAAAUACGAAUAAGAAUUCUUUCCUUUCUUUCAGGUUGUCUACAUUUUGGAUAUGUUGAAUAAACUACAUGUGAAUUAACUAAAAAUAUUGAUAAUGUUGGAAAUUGGGCUUGUUUACAUAAUUAAUGUAAUGAUUAUCCUAAAUUGGGAAAGAUCUAAGAUUUUUGUUUAUAUAUUGACAGUAUUGUAGGAUUAAAUCUAAAUUUUGUAGAAGACAUUGUUAGUCUAAGAUUGUUUACAAGAGAUGGAAUUAUAAUUUUAUAUUAGAAAAAAGGAUCUUUAAUGAAAUAAAAAUAAUAUGUCUAUAUUUCAUGUUUAGAAGGAAAUGCAAAAUUUGAAGUUUUAAAUUGA